AUGGAUAAGAAAGAGGAUUCCAAGGAAGCUGGCGAACCGUGUGGGAAGAUUUUAGUGAAGCUCAGGCUUCCCAAGAUGCCGGAGGUGGAGGACCAGGUCAAGACGGAAUCUCCGGCGGCGGCGGCGGCGGACGAAGAAACAAGGAGCCGCUGCUGCAGGGAGUGCGGCCGGAUUUUCAGCUCCGGGAAGGCUUUGGGAGGACACAUGAGCAGCGCCCAUGUCCAGGCCAACAAAGAUCUCUCCGCCGCCAAGAAGCUGAAGAACAAGCACUCUGACGGCUGCUCCUCCUCCAGCUCGCCGCCGCCGGCGGCGGCGCGGCACCCAUGCGGGCUGUGCAACAGGUCUUUCCGGUCGCAGAAAUCCCUCUUCGGCCACAUGAGAUGCCACCCCGACAGGCUGUGGAGGGGCAUGGCUCCACCGCUGCCGACGCCGCCGCCGCCCCAUCGCCGGAGAAUCAACUCCGACGAGCACUCACCGGACAGCCACAACUCCGAUCCAGGUCCCCACGCGGCUGGACCCUCCGCCCCGAGGCCAGUAGUCGACAUGGCCGAGAGUUUGAGGAGCUGGCCCACCUCCGCCAAGCGAAACCGCGGCCCGAUCCGCCCCGCCGCCGCCGCCGCCGAUGACAAGGAUCUAGCCCUAGCCCAUCAACUGGUGAAGAUGAGUUUCGGAGAAGUUGAGGAAUCCACCAGCAGCUCUUCAACCCCUAAUAAUAAUUUGAUCGAACCCUACAAUUUGAACAAUCACCAAGAAAAUCAUUUCAUCUCGAAAACCCUAAAACGGGACCGCGAUUUCAUCAGCGGGCCCGAAUCGGAUGACCGCCCUUCUUCCAAGAAGCUGAAGAUUCGCGAAAGGGACGACGACGACGAUUUCGAUAAUCGUCGAGCUGCAUUCGUCGCCUCGCCGAAGAUCGAAUCUUGCAAGGGCAAAGGCAAAGAGAAGGUUCCUCCUCCACUAAUGCUGCAGCCCGAUGUCAUCGAUUCCGAUGACGAGAGUUGCUUGAUCGCCAUGAACGACCUAAUGAUGGCAGCACCACCACCACCACCACCGCAGCCAUCACCGCCACUGCCGCCGCCACCAGCCGGAGAUAACAAACGCAACCCGAUAACAAAUCAAGAAAACGGGAAAUUAAUUAGUUCGAGCCCGCAAAAGUACACUUGCGACGUUUGCCACAAGACGUUCAAGUCGCAUCAAGCGCUCGGCGGGCAUAGGUCGAGCCACAACAAGUUUAAAUUCUCGGUUACGAAUACGGACGACUGUUUGGAAGGCGAAGACGGAGGAGGGGCUAGAAUCAAGAAAGACGGUGCGAAAGUGGACCAGGUGGACGAAAGCGCGUACGUGUGCGAGAUUUGUAAGAUGGUGUUCACGAGCGGGCAGGCUUUGGGGGGUCACAAGAGACGACAUUCUACCAUGGCUUCCCACGCAGCAAUAUUAGCCGAAGCAAGCAGCAAGAAACCGAAAGUUGUGCUGGAUUUCGAUCUCAACGAGCCUCCUAAAGAACAGGACAACGACGAUGACGGUGAGGCUUCGAAUCACUAG